GUUGCAAAACAUGAAUUUAUAUUCAACUUACCAUAACUUUUAAAAUACAAACAAUUGAAAGGGACAUCCAAAUAAUAAUAGGAAAAAAAAAAAACUAAACUUGGACGGUUGGACCCAAACACAGAGAAGAAAAGGAAAAAUAAACAAAAUCAAAAACACCAACUUUACCAAACGUUACUUCUCUUCCCAGCACUCCCCGCGCAAACUUCUCGCGUACUUGUUCAUCGGCGGCAAAAUUGACAAGCACCAGAGCUCCGCCCAGCAACCAGGAAUCAGCGACCAUCAAUCCUCCUCUGAAGGUCACAGUUUUCUUUCCUCCACACAGCCGUUUCGAAUUCCGUUUCCUGUCCCACCAUCAAGAAUCCUCUUCGAAUUCCUCUCCAAUCGGCAAGGGCGACGCCUUGAUACGUUUAUUAUUGGAAAUGGACAAAAGUUGGUUGUCGAAAGCACGAUGAGUUUGAUCAAUCACAAAGCAGAAAACGUAAGGGUAGGAAUUGGGCAAGAGAAAAAAGUCAAGCACAAGAUAUAGUACAAUGGCUUGAGUCGCGCGUUCAAAAUGACAAACAUGUUUCUACGAUGAUCAAACACCUAGCUGCUGGUCCGAAUUAUGUUGCUCAGAGCUUCUCAGGAUACCUUAUUAACGGUUAUAGGUUUCAUACUUUGAGUCGCGAGAAGAACUUGCAAACCCAAAGUAGUGGGGUAACGCUGACAGCAAUGACAUCAAGUUAUGCAAGUUCCAAGGAUAAAAAUCCAGUGCUUGCUGAUGUUACUUACUAUGGAGCUAUCGAUGAGAUCAUUCAGUUGGAUUACUAUUCCCAUUUCAAAAUAGUUCUGUUCAAGUGCAAGUGGUUUGAUUCAGAAAAGGAUGGUUAUGGGCUCACUCGGGUGAAUUUUAGAAGGUUAAAGUAUCAAAAUGACCCAUUUGUCAUGGCAAAUCAGGUAAAGCAAGGAUUUUAUGUGCAAGAUCCAAUGCAACAAGAUUGGCAUUAUUUUAUGGAGACACUUCCUCGAGACUUAUUUGACAUGAGAGUUGAUGGCUUAGAAGAUGAGUAUGCUUCUAAUUCAAGAGCACCUAGCAUAGAGCCUGUCCUGCCAAUUGAUAACAAUGACGAGCUUGAGUGGUCAAGAGAUGACGUUGAAGGAAUUACGGUUGAAAUUCCUGAAUCGACAAAUACUGAAGUGGAAGAUGCAGUGGAGCUUGAUGUGGAGGAGGAGGACGAUCUUGCUGCAAAUGAGACUGAAACGACAGCUGUUGAACCCAAAAACACAAGUGAAGCUGCAAUCCUAGAGGUUGAAGAGGAGUACACAAGUGAAUCUGAAAAUGGUGAUGGUGAUGAAGAUGAACACUCAAGUGAAGCUGAAAUGACUGAUGAUUUUUAUGAAGACUCUGACUAAGCAUAUUAUUCCUUUAAUCCGGAAAUGGAGGAUCACACUUGCAGUAGCAUGGUGUUACUGGUGCUAGAUAUGAAGAUGUUCAGCAGAACUCCUAUGGAAGAGGAUAUGUCCCUAGAACAUAUCAGCCUGCUCCCCAGGGCAGUCCUUACCAGCCUCGAGGAUUUCAGACAGUUAGUUGAACAAGUCAAAUUUUGCAGGAUUUUCAUUGUCACUUCUCAAUGGCAGCAAACACAUGUGGAUUAUGGAUCUUUUGUUUUUACCAGGGUUUGUCUUUUUUGCUGGAGUCAUGAUCGUGUCACUACUGUUGGACCUGUUUGAGACUUGUUGUUUCGGCUUUUCACUUGAUUGACAUGCUCUUGUGUUUUAAGCAGCUGUGAAUGUGUGUUGUUCCUUGGUCAGGUUAUUUGUUUUCACUUAAUCACGC